AUGAAAUCCAAUGGAGGAGGUGACCAUAAUAAAAAUAUUUAGACAUCUGGAACUCUUAGGAGAAUAAAAAGAAUGAGGUUGAGAUCAAAGAAUUAGUAGGGUUAAAAUGAUGUGGCAAGUAAAAAAAUGGCUGGUAAUAAUUCAACUUUAUCAUUACAUAUUAUUAAAACUAAAUCACUUUUUAAACACAAAAAACUAAUUAAAUAAAGCACUCAAAGUAGAGAGAGUCUAUUUCAAGACCCCCUCUAGAAAGAUCAAAAAAAUGUCAAAUUAGCACAAGAGCCAAAUGUUAAAUAAUAAUCAACAAAAAAUAAAUAGACUAUAUCAUAAAGAAAAUUAAGAAGAAAUGAAAAGCUUAAAGAAUUGAUAGAUGCUUAAAUAAAAGCAUAAAUUAAUCAAAAGAUCAAAUUUCAUGAUACAAAAUUUAAAGCCCUAACAGAAAUUGGAAUUCCAACAAUAAAUUUAAAUUAGGAUAAAAUAAUAUAAUUUAUUGAGUAAUUUCAAAACGAGAUAAAAUAGAAUGAUGAGAGCAUAAUAUAGAAGUUAGUGGGUGCAAUUGGAGAGGGAUAUGCUGAAAGAGGAGAUGAGGUUAUUUCAAAUGUAGAUGCAAAAGAAAUGAUGAUUCAAAAAUAGGUUGAGUUCUAUUUAGAAAAUUGUGGAAUCAAACUUGAAUGGACAUUGGAGAGGUGGAGGAAAUUGAUAAGAAGAACGUUAUUUGUGGUACCUUUUUGCCAUAUGCCUAACGUGAAGAUAAAGGAGUAUUUAAAUGGAAGAGAAAGAUACUAAAUCAUGUUCGAAACUUUAAAUCUCUUUACUUUAAUCAAUAGAUGGAGCAACACUUAAAUGUUUCAUCAAUUUAGUUAGAAUUUCCCAUUUUAAGUAAAAGAUGACAUCGAAAUCAAGGAGUUGGUUAAUGAAAAUGAAUUGCACAAUAUUCGAUAAAUAAGAGAAUAUUUAAGUAGAAUUAUGACUGCAUUGAAUGACAUAUAUUAAUUGAAAUUUCAAAAGGAAUUUUAAGUUGAUCUUUAUUAGACAAAUAAUCAAUUAUAAGAUUUAUAGGUUGAAUAUUAUUUGAGAAAGAUGAAAGUACUUUAACUAAAGCCAGUAAAUUUACCAUAGGCCAUGAAAGAAUAAAUAGAAUAACUUUCAUCAAAAGUGCAAAUUUAAAAAGAUCCGAUUAUUGAUGAGCCAUCAAAAAAAUAAAUGGAUUAAGAAAAAUAAAUAAAACCAUAAAAUUAGGUGUAAUAAAAGAAAAAGAUACAAAUCAAUCUAAUCAAAUCGAAGACUUUACUAGAAUAUUUUAAACCUGUAAAGAAUUAGAAUAGUAUAAAUGCUGAUGUAAAUUCUCAGGGCUUGAGUUAAAAUAAGGACAAGAAUGGGAAAUAGACACCCGAAAGUAAAUCUUAAUUCUCCUAUUUUGAGAUCUUGGAUGAACUUUUUAGUAAUAAAUUUGGUAAAACAAUAUAAAAGGAAGGAUAAAAAAAAUGA